AUGCCACCGGUUCUAAAAGAAGAGGAUACAGAUUCACCAGGCAUGACUCUAGCGGCCAUAGGGGUAUCAAAUAAAUUGCCAGAUUUCUGGGUGGACAUGCCGCGGCUUUGGUUCGCGCAGUUUGAAGCCGUAAUGGCCCCUCAGAAACAAGAGGAAGAAGCGAAAUGCAACAUGGUCAUCGCUAAACUGGGAAGAGACUCAAUCCAGCUCCUACAGGUGUACGAAGAGAGUGCUGAGCGCCAGUUCCAAAAGCUCGUUUCUGAAUUAGAGCUGGGUGCUCAGAAACCUACGCACUUAUUACGCCGCAUGAAAGAGUUAGGCCGCCCAGCACAGGUCUCAGAUCAGACCUUGAAGAGCCUCUGGUUAUCCCGUAUGCCAUCUUCAGUCAGGGCAGUCAUUGCAGUGUGCCAAGACCAAUCCCUAGAUAGCUUGGCUGUCAUUGCGGACAAGAUCGUUGAGAACAGUAGAUCCUACGAAAUGGCCACGGUGGAUAACAGCAUAGCCCAGGUGUCACCAGAACCACUGGCAGGGCUGGUCAACCAAAUGAACAAACUUGCUUUGGAGAUAGCAUCAUUGCGCAGCGAGGUCCAGAGCAGCAGGCGUCCUAGGAGCAGAAGCAGACCGAUUUACAGGAGCAGAUCCCGUUCCCUUAAGCGCAGAGCACCAGAAGAUCCAGGAUGCCUGUGUAGGUUCCAUUACAGGUUCAAGAGCAAGGCGACGCGCUGUGAGCAACAGUGCAACUGGAAGGGCAGUGAGGCAAAC